AUCCGGAUCGUAGCUGCGCCGCGCGCCCCACCGAGCGCCGCCCGCGCCCAUCCGCGCGCACCGGAGCGCGGCCCAGGCCCGUCCGUCCGUCCGUCCGUCCGCGCGGCCGGCCCGGGGCGCGGCGGGGGCGGGGCGCGGCGGGCGGCGCGGGCCCCGCGGGGGCGGCGCGUGGAUGGAUCCGCGCGUGGCCUGGAUCCAGCCCGAGCAGAAGGGGCCGGCCAAUGCCCUGUGGAUGCAGAUCUGGGAGACCUCGCAGGGCGUGGGCCGCGGCGGCUCCGGCUUCGCGUCCUACUUCUGCCUCAACUCGCCGGCGCUGGACACGGCGGCCGCGCCCGGGGCGGCGGGGCGCGCAGCACCAGCAGCAGGAGGCCCGGGGCCGGCACCCGCCGCCUCAUCCCCGCCGCCUGCACCCGGCCCCGCCGCGCUGCCCCCGGCGCUGCUGACCGCGCUCGGGCCCGCGGCAGACGGCGCGCGGCGCCUGCACAAGUCCCCGUCGCUGUCGUCGUCGUCUUCGUCGUCGUCCAACGCGGAGUCGGGCACCGAGAGUCCGGGCUGCUCGUCGUCGUCCUCCAGCAGCACCUCGCUCGGCCGCGCCGGCAGCGGCCGCACCUUCUUCAGCUUCGCCGACGGCGCUGCCCACGCGCACCCGGGCCCACGCGGCCCCACGCCCGCCGGCUCGCCGCCGCAGCACCAGUUCCACCCGGGCCGGCGGAAACGCGAGAACAAGGCCAGCACGUACGGUCUCAACUACCUACUGUCCGGCAGCCGCGCGGCCACGCUGAGCGGAGGGGGCGGCCCCGGGGCCCAGGCGGCGCGGCCCGGCACGCCGUGGAAGAGCCGUGCGUACAGCCCAGGCAUCCAGGGGCUCCAUGAGGAGAUAAUUGACUUUUAUAACUUCAUGUCCCCUUGUCCUGAAGAAGCAGCCAUGAGAAGGGAGGUGGUGAAGCGCAUCGAAACUGUGGUGAAAGACCUCUGGCCCUCGGCUGACGUGCAGAUAUUUGGCAGCUUUAGCACAGGCCUCUAUCUUCCAACAAGUGACAUAGACCUAGUGGUCUUUGGAAAGUGGGAGCGACCUCCAUUACAGCUGCUGGAACAAGCCCUGCGGAAGCACAACGUGGCUGAACCAUGCUCCAUCAAAGUCCUUGACAAAGCUACAGUGCCCAUUAUAAAGCUCACAGAUCAGGAGACUGAAGUUAAAGUCGACAUCAGCUUUAACAUGGAGACUGGUGUACGGGCGGCAGAGUUCAUCAAGAAUUACAUGAAGAAGUACUCGCUACUGCCAUACUUGAUUUUAGUGUUGAAACAGUUCCUCCUGCAGAGGGACCUGAAUGAAGUCUUCACAGGCGGGAUCAGCUCCUACAGCCUCAUCUUAAUGGCCAUCAGCUUUCUGCAGUUACAUCCAAGAAUUGAUGCCCGGAGAGCUGAUGAAAACCUGGGAAUGCUUCUUGUAGAAUUUUUUGAACUUUAUGGAAGGAAUUUUAAUUACUUGAAAACUGGUAUUAGAAUAAAAGAAGGAGGUGCCUAUAUCGCCAAGGAAGAGAUUAUGAAAGCCAUGACCAGUGGGUACCGACCGUCGAUGCUGUGCAUUGAGGACCCCCUACUGCCUGGAAACGAUGUUGGGCGGAGUUCCUAUGGGGCCAUGCAGGUGAAGCAGGUGUUUGACUAUGCGUACAUUGUGCUCAGCCAUGCCGUGUCACCGCUCGCCAGGUCUUACCCCAACAGGGAUUCUGAAAGUACUUUAGGAAGAAUAAUCAAAGUCACCCAGGAAGUGAUCGACUACCGGAGGUGGAUCAAAGAAAAAUGGGGUAGCAGAAUCGUCCCGUCUCCAGACCUAGACAACAGGAUUAAGAUAAAGGAGAGAGUCACCACGUGCAAUGGGGAGCAGAUGCAGAGCCGGGAGCCCAGCUCCCCUUACAGCCAGCGCCUGACUCUGUCCCUGUCCAGCCCCCAGCUGCUGUCUUCAGGCUCCUCUGCUUCUUCUGUGUCCUCGCUUUCUGGAAGUGACAUUGAUUCAGACACACCACCCUGCACCACGCCCAGUGUUUAUCAGUUCAGCCUGCAAGCACCCACCACCCUGAUGGCCGGCCUGCCCACAGCCUUGCCAGUGCCCAGCAGCAAGCCCCAGCCAGCUGCUUCCAGAACGUUGAUCAUGACAACCAACAAUCAGACCAGAGUAACUAUCCCUCCACCGACCCUCGGAGUUGCCCCUGUACCUUGCAGACAGGCUGGUGUCGACGGAACCACAUCUUUGAAGGCCGUUCACAACGUAACUUCCCCAGCCAUUCCCUCGGCAUCCCCCAACCCACUGUCUAGUCCUCAUCUCUAUCAUAAGCAGCACAAUGGCAUGAAACUGUCCAUGAAAGGUUCCCACAACCACACUCAGGGUGGUGGCUACAGCUCUGUGGGCAGUGGAGCUGUGAGGCCUCCUGUUGGUAACCGAGGACACCAUCAGUACAACCGUACCGGCUGGAGGAGGAAAAAGCAUGCACACACAAGGGACAGCCUGCCUGUGAGUCUCAGCAGAUAAUGGUCCUGACUGCUCCCUCCCCCAGACUGCCCACAGGCCUCGGGCACCUCGGGAACCGAGACCAGCAUCCAGCACCUCCACCGUGGGCUGCCGAGUGCCGCCCACCACUGGUCACUCUGCAUGUUUGUGUGGUGGCCGCAUCCAUCCUACAGAACAGCUCCUUGUGCUCAUCUGUGAAGCCUUACUACAUGUGGAUGUGCGUCUGCCUGCCUAGAAGUCUUCAUCCGUGCCCAGCAGGGCAGGCCUAGGAGUGUCAGGGACUGGAUGUGCGGCUUUGCAGCCGUGUCUGCUAGGUGGUGAUUUGGGGUUUUCAUCAUGUCUGUCCCAGGCAGAGGUGCCAAGCCUUGCUCCAUGUCUUUCUGAUGGAGUGGGCAGGCUGCUGUUUUACUGCCCUCAUGUCUUGUUUGAAAAUUUAGGACUGUUUUUCUAUGUAAAUAUUGAAAACUUAUGAUUUGUGCAAUAACAGAUAUUUUUUAUUUAAUUUCAUAUUUUCACAUAAGUUAUAUUUAAGGGAGGAGGGAAUUUUUUUUAAAACACGCUUAGAUCCUUUCCCAAUUUGCAUUUUCUAAGUUGGGUUCCUCGUGUUGGCUGGUUAUCUGAUAGCAUCAUGACGUGAGCACCGUGAGGAGGGGCCAGUGGGCUUUAGUUCUACUCUUUUCUUUUGGUCAGAUGCAGAGAGGGAGCCAAGUUCUGUGAGGCCAGUGUGUACCUGGCAGCCUCACUGUAGGCCUUGGGCUGUUGUCCUGCUCUGACCACGAGUUCUGACAUUUUGGUUUGGGUUUUUAAAAACUAGACAGCAAAUCCAGCAUUUAAAGUGCCAGAAGUAAAAACCUCAAAGGGGAGAAGAGGUUGUCAUGGUAUAACUCGUAAAGCAUUGUAACUGUGGGCGUGCUUCGGUCCGUCAUGUGACGUGGUCUAGAGUCAUGGGCCUGGUGAGUAUCGUACAGACAAUGGCACCCAGAUUUAGGAAUGUGGAGAAAGGCAUUUCGUUGAUUCCAUUGAGGAAUCUGCAUAGGUAUGCACUCGUUCUGUUAAGAGCAAAUAUCUGAAAAGGACCUCCGCUGUGCUGUUCAGGGCACACGGGGAGUAUUUUAAUGCACCACAGGAGAGCACAGCCCAGUGUGGGCCCAGGAGCACUGGUGCCUGCGUCAGAAGCAUACAGGUGUACUAUGCAAGUGUAUUCUGCCACAACCACCACUGUCUUUGUUACUUUUUUUGAACAAGAAUAUAUCCAUCGCCUGAUCCUGAGUCUGUGGAGUACCACAGUUGUCCUGGAGUGCUUGCACUUGUAGGCCCUCUGACUUCCAUUUCUAAAAUGGGGGUCUGGCCCUGCUAAACACUACAGGUAGGUUGGUCUUAAGUCCACUAGUACAGAAUGUCAAGACGAGAAGCCGAGUGCUGUGCCAUCUGAUUGACUUGCAGCAGUGUGAAUUCUGAAUGGAUUCUGAGUUGACGGACACCUCGCCAAGGACAAGCUGUCUAUCCGGGUCUGCCUCCUGCUGCUGUGGUGGGGCUGUUGACUCUGGGAGAUAUUCCAGAGUAGCACAUGGGGUCUGCAGCUCAUGAGGAUCGGAAUCAUCCAGAAUAGUUAAAAUUAUUUAAAUUGUGAAGCCUGUUGCUAAAGAAUAUUUAUGAACACUGGUCCAUAGCCUGUACUAAUUCACACAUUAGCAAUAUUGACUGUAUCUGCAUUAAGGAGCCACCGUGGGGCCGUUCGAGUGACCCGCAAAUGUGCGUUUUAAAGUUCUGUCAUCCACAGGCACAGGUAUGUGUGUCCAUCCCCGUAAUGGUGAACCAGAUGAAUUGGCCUGGCUACCACUGUGGCCAUAUGCUACAGUUUGACAAAAAGAUAUCAUGUUUCAAUUUUCUGUGUGGACAACAAUGUGGACACUAAAAUUGACAUAUUUUUAUGUAAAGUUUUUCUAUUCUUUGAUUUUUAAUAAACUUUAGAAACCA